UGCGGUAAACUGUAUCGACAACAGCAGGCACGGGAGAGGUUGGUGUGGAAGCCCCCACCACCCAAGGACAGGCGCCGGCGGCGCAGGCCAUGCCGCUCCGCUCCUCUUCCUGCUCAGCUGCUCAAAGGCAGGAUUGGACAGGGGCAAGUUAAGUUGCGCUCAACCAUCCCGGCUAGUGCAGUCGAACCCCGGCGAGCCAGGUGGAGCGGAUCUCGACCCCUGCCCCGAGUUCCUGAGAGCGAGGACGAGCACAUAUGUACGGAACCGCUUCCUCUGAGAUUGCCGAAAGGAUUGUGACCAGGCUCGACUGUCAGCUCAACUCGCAGACUUGCAGACGCGCAAGCGACGAAAUCAAACCUCCGCUAACAUACAGCCAAACUGAAGGUUCUGCAAGCGUCAGCAAGCGUCAGCAAGCGUCAGCAAGCGUCAGCAAGCGUCAGCGUAGUACAUCAUGACCGCGUCACUGACACACGCGCGGGCUUUUGACCCGGUACCGCCUCCCAUGCCUCGCAGGCAGUCGUGCGACCGCUGCCAUGAACAGAAGGUCCGCUGUGUCACCGAAGGAGCCGAUGGCGCCUUGACCCUCGGAGGCAUCGCCGAGGAGAAUGCGUCGAGCCUGAGCGGACAUGUGGUUUCGUCGGUGCCGUGUGUCCGUUGCAGGAAGGCCGGGGCAGUCUGCAUAUACAGCCCUCAGCUACGGUCCGGUCGCCCGAGGCUCCGCCGAGACUCGAGUGCGCCUCCGCCGCGCAAGAAGCCACGGCAGGUGUCAAGGUGUUCCUCUUCCUCUUCGCUGUCUUCUACCUGGUCUCAAUCCACCUUCUCGCCGUCAUCCGUAUCUCGGCCGUCCACUGCAGCCACCUUCUCCUCGGCUGGCAUUGGCUUGGGCAUCCUUGAGCACCCAAACGAGCCUGUUCACGAGCAUAAUGCUCCCCCGAUACAGCCUCUCUUUUCGCCUCCUGCAACAGCGCCGCUCUGUGAGCUAGCGAGCCAGCACGGCUCGACGUUGGAGGGCCCGCCGCCUCCCUCCGGCCAGUGGCUGAUGUCUCCGUUCAGCUCCGGCAGCAAUCAUCAAUUCCAGUCUGGCAUGUGCCAACUGGCGUCUUUCUCAGAAACUCUGCCUGAUCCGACCAUCCCAUGUGGUCCUCUUUAUCCGAGUUCUGACCCCCAGGGCUCCUCGCCGGCGGAGAAGCUCAUCGGGAACCAUCCAUGGGUCUGCCCCAGCCCUCCCAGCCCUCCCGAUUACUCGCUCGGGGAGUUGGCGCAGAUCAGUUUGCGCGUUCAUCUCGCUAGCCGCGUGCUGGCUUCCUCGGCCAGGACAUUGGCCACGUUGUCAUCGCCAGCGGUCAACGACGUGGUGGAGGCGGCUUGCUCGUUGGUCAACUUCGUGGACCGUUAUGCGCAGAAGCGACCGGCGCCGCUCUCACCGCCGCCGGUGGAAGGGGGGAUGCCGGUGCAUGGGAGCAUCGAACGCCCCGCCAUGACGGGCUUUGAUUCGCCGUAUCCCGGCGUCUGUUCGGUUACCGACCAAGCGUUGGACUCUUCAAUUCGGCUCAUGAUACACUCGUGUCACCAAGCGAUCCUGGGCGUCUUCGAGGAAAUGACAGUCUCCUCCCUGCUUCUCCUAGCAGAGCCGCAACAGCCCACACCACCCAGGACGCCGCCACACGCGGGGGCUUUCCAGCCAUACAACACCCAGAUCAUGGUUAUGAUGAAUCAAAUAAGCAACCUCCUGAGCCAGCUGGAUCGCGCCAUCCUGUCGCUCUCGGGGACGCCAAACGCUCACCAGUCUCAACGCCACAACUCGGUGCCGCUGACGACGGCAAUGUUCCGCCAGAGCACGCCAACAGAAUACGGGCUACCACGAGACAUCGACGGGCAUUUUGAACCCCCUCCCGAUGCACUACGCCAAAGGGAACACGGCGCGUGGCGGCAGACCGCCACUGGCUCGCUCUUCACCGAGAUGGAGCAGAGACAGCUAAGAGUGAGAUCACAAGUGAAAGCAGUCGAGAGCUUGCUGAUGAGACAGUCGCAUGUAAUAGUAUAAACCAGAAAGGUCGGUCAUGUAAUUCAGUUCGAGCCUGCACCCGCAGACAUUGCGUAAAAUUCCAUCUUAAGAACUACCAACGUACCAAUUUUCCCCAACCGUGAACCAUGUGUCUUUUUAGGCCACCCCAGACUAAGAAGAAGGAUUUUAACGACCGUGCAACAGAACGAUGGACCAGUUACUCAACAGCCCCGCAAUCUUGGUUCCGACGCCUGUCGGGAAGACGGAAACUUAUGCCCAGCAACCGAGCAAGCCUGAGGUGUGUGGGCGGGCUUCGGGUGCGUUUGCGUUUAGGUGUCGGGCUUGACCGAACAUACAACCUGUAGGAGGGUUGGUGUCCGUAGCCCUUAUUAGCUCCGGCACCAUUAAGACUCAUGGAAACUGC